AAGCCCCGCUUGGGAUUUAUUCGGGAGCCGGCGACUCGCUCAGCUGCCUUCCUGCCGAGCAGCGGGAGAUGGGGAAUUCGCUGGGCUGCGUUAAAGAGCAGAAGGAAAAAGCUGCGGGGAAGAAGGCACCGCUGUCUCCCAAAAAAAGGGUGCGCUUCAAGCGGAGGCGGAGAGGGAAGAGGAGAGCGAUGCCCGAGGCGGCCCCGCAGGAGGAGCCGCCGCCGCUGGAGGUGGCCGAGGAUGAGGAUGAGGCGCUCAAAGCGAAGGCAUCCCCAAGGCAGGAGGGAGGGGAGGAGGAGCCCUCCGGCAGCCGGGACGCCGAUUUGGGUGCGCUGCAUCCCGGCAUCAUCGUGCAGGUGAAGGAGCGCUUCCAGGGCGAGCUGCAGAAAGCGCGCCUGGUGCUGGAGCCGCAGCGGCCGGGUGUGGCGGGAGCUGCCCGGGAGGAAGGCACCACCGUCAUCGCCCGCCUGCUGGACAACCCGGCCGACAAGGACUGCGAGAAGGCAGUGAGCCGCCUGGUCGAGCUGCAGAGGAGCGGCAGCUGCCGGGCUGUGCUGCUGCCGCUGCGCGCGGGGACCGAUGGCCGUGCUGGGACACUGCUGUCCCCGGCCAGCGCCGUGCCCGGCCGGGAACCAGCACCCAGGGAUGCUUGGAAAGGAGGAAGCGAUGAACCCGUGCCCGGCCCGGAACCAGCACCCAGGGAUGCUUGGAAAGGAGGAAGCGAUGAACCUGUGCCCAGCCUGGAACCAGCACCCAGGGAUGCUUGGGGGAAAGGAGGCAGCGAUGAUCCCACCUCCAGCACCGCCUGGACCUGCUCCUCCUCCUCCGCAGCAGAGCCGGGCACCGUGUCCGAGCUGUCCACGCCGUCCCCCAUGGUGGAUCAGCUGGAGAACCCCAGCGUGGGGAGAGGCUCGGGGCUGCCGUCGGAGGGAGAUGGGGCCGGGCCGGCGGCGUCCCGCAGCGCCUCGUCCCUGAGCGGCAGCGCGGCGCGCAGCUCCUCGGGGUACGGCAGCGAGCGGCCGGCCAAGGGCACCGCAGCUGCUGGGAGCACGGUGGCACCCGCUGAUGGUGGCCUCAGGCUCGCUCCGGAGGGCCGGGCUUGCAGGGGGAGCUCGGGGACAGCCGGAGCAAUGAUCUCUGACAUCUACAUCAGCGGGGAGCUGGGGGAUAUGUCAGCCAAGGAGAAGCUCCUGCUGUGGACACAGAAGGUGACAGCAGGUUACAUCGGGCUGAAGUGCACCAACUUCUCCUCCUGCUGGAGCGAUGGCAAGAUGUUCAACGCCCUCAUCCACAGAUACAGGCCAGAUCUGGUGGACAUGGAGAGGGUGCAGAUCCAGAGCAACAGGGAGAACCUGGAGCAGGCCUUCGAGAUCGCCGAGCGCCUGGGGGUCACUCGGCUGCUGGAUGCUGAAGAUGUGGACGUUCCCUCUCCAGAUGAGAAAUCUGUGAUAACUUAUGUGUCUUCAAUCUACGAUGCCUUUCCCAAAGUCCCCGAGGGAGGAGAAGGGAUCAGCGCCAUCGAGGUGGAUUCGAGGUGGCUGGAGUACCAGACCCGCGUGGAGUCCCUCAUCUCGUGGAUCAAGCAGCACACGAUACUCAUGUCAGACAAAUCCUUCCCCCAGAACCCUGUAGAGCUAAAGGCACUUUAUAACCAGUACAUACACUUCAAAGAAACUGAAAUCCCAGCAAAAGAGCAGGAAAAAGGACAGAUAGAGGAGCUCUACAAACUGCUAGAGGUUUGGAUUGAGUUUGGGCGCAUCAAGCUGCCCCAGGGCUACCACCCCAACGACGUGGAGGAGGAGUGGGGCAAGCUCAUCAUCGAGAUGCUGGAGCGCGAGAAGCUCCUGCGGCCGGCGGUGGAGAGGCUGGAAUUGCUGCUACAAAUCGCUAACAAAAUCCAGAAUGGUGCUCUGAGCUGUGAGGAAAAGCUCACCCUGGCCAAGAACACGCUGCAGGCUGACGCUGCUCACCUGGAGGCAGGCCAGCCCGUGCAGCACGAGGCCGACGUGGUGGCGUUCCUGCAGGAGAGCGAGGGGCUCAUCCGCCAGCUCCAGGUGGACGUGCAGAUCCUCCGCGACGAGAACUACUACCAGCUGGAGGAGCUGGUGUUCAGGACCAUGAGGCUGAAGGACGAGCUGGUGACGCUGAGGUUGGAGUGCACCAACCUGUACAGGAAGGGCCAUUUCUCCACCCUGGAGCUGGUGCCCACGUCCACGCUGAGCACCACACACCCCAAGGGCGAGUCCCUGACCAAGGGGCUCCACACCUCCUCGGCCUCCUGGUUCAGGAAGCCCAUGACCAGGACGGAGCUGGUGGCCAUCUCCUCCUCUGAAGAUGAAGGCAGCCUUCGCUUCGUCUACGAGCUGCUGGCCUGGGUGGAGGAGAUGCAGAUGAGGCUGGAGCGGGCAGAGUGGGGCACUGACCUGCCCAGUGUGGAAUCCCAGCUGGAGACCCAGAGGCACAUCCAUGCCAGCGUGGAGGACCUGGGAUCCAGCGUGAAGGAGGCCAGGAUGUAUGAGGGCAAAAUGUCUCCGAAUUUCCGCGCCAGCUACACAGAGACACUGGGCAAGCUGGAGACUCAGUACUGCAAACUGAUGGAAACCUCGAGCUUCAGGCUGAGGCACCUGCAGAGCCUGCACGGAUUCGUGUCCAGGGCCACUGCUGAGCUGAUCUGGCUGAAUGAGAAGGAGGAGGAGGAACUGGCCUACGACUGGAGUGACAACAACCCCAACAUUGCAGCCAAGAAGAAUUACUUCUCGGAGCUGACAGCAGAGCUGGAAGAGAAGCAGGACAUCUUCCGUUCCCUCCAGGACACGGCUGAGCUGCUCUCCCUGGAGAACCACCCUGCCAAGCAAACCGUGGAGGCCUACAGUGCUGCUGUGCACACCCAGUGGCAGUGGAUCAAGCAGCUGUGCCUGUGCGUGGAGCAGCACGUCAAGGAGAACGCUGCCUAUUUCCAGUUCUUCAGCGACGCCCGGGAGUCGGAGACGUACCUGCGCAACCUGCAGGACUCCAUCAAAAGGAAAUAUUCCUGCGACCACAACACGAGCCUGACACGGCUGGAGGACCUGCUGCAGGACUCCAUGGAUGAGAAGGAGCAGCUGAUCCAGUCCAAGAGCUCCGUGGCCAGCCUGGUGGGACGCUCCAAGAGCAUCGUCCAGCUGCGGCCCAGGAACCCAGAGCACGCCGUGAGGAGCACCAUCCCCAUCAAGGCUGUCUGUGACUACAGGCAGAUCGAGAUCACCAUCUGCAGGAACGACGAGUGUGUCCUGGAGGACAAUUCCCAGAGGACCAAGUGGAAGGUGAUCAGCCCCACAGGGAACGAGGCCAUGGUGCCUUCUGUCUGCUUCCUGAUCCCCCCACCCAACAAAGAGGCCAUCGAGAUGGCCAACAGGGUGGAGCAGCUGUACCAGAAGGUGAUGGCUCUCUGGCACCAGCUGCACAUGAACACCAAGAGCCUCAUCUCCUGGAACUACCUGAGGAAGGACAUAGCCCUGGUGCAGAGCUUCAGCAUGGAAAAGCUGAGAUCCUUGGCUCAGGGGGAGUGUCAGCAAGCGCUGAAGAGCCUGCAGGGCCACUACGAGGAUUUCCUGCAGGACAGCCGCGACUCAGAGCUGUUCUCCGUGUCGGACCGGCUGCGCCUGCAGGAGGAAGUGGAGUCUUCCAAGGAACACAUCCGGCAGCUGCUGGAGUCCAUGGAGAACGAGGACAAGGAUGAGACCGUGGCCAGGACGUACCUGUCCGAGCUGAGGAACGUCCGCCUGCGGCUGGAGGAGUGCGAGCAGCGGCUCGUGAGCCGCAUCCAGGCCCCGAGCAGCGCCCGGGCAGACGCUGACACCAUCCAGGAGAACACCCUGCGCAUUGCAGAGCAGGAGCGCACGCAGGAGGAUCUGCAGCAGCUGCAGUCGGAGCUCAGGGUUGUGUCUGAGAGGUGCUACAGCUUCCUGGACAAAGCUCCUGCCGGGCCCAGCACGCCCCAGCUGCGCUCAGAGCUGGACCUGGUGGUGAACAAGAUGGAGCAGACCCAUGGGCUGUCUUCCAUCUACCUGGAAAAGUUGAAGACGGUUGACAUCAUUAUCCGCAGCACCCAGGGAGCAGAAUCCCUGGUCAAGGGCUACGAGGUGAAGCUGAGCCAGGAGGAGGCUGUUCCUGCUGACCUGGCAGCCAUUCACACCCACAGGGCGGCCCUGCAGCAAUGGCUCGGCGAGGUGAAGGACAAGGGCUCCGUGUUCUCCAGGCUGGAGGAGGAGAUGGCGAGGGCGAAGGAGGUGGGGGAGCAGCUGUUCAGGCUGAGGCAGGAGCGCAGCAUCGACCUGGAGCGCUUCCAGGAGAAGGGCAGCCAGCUGUGGGACCGCUGGCAGCGAGUCUGCGCCCAAAUUGAGACCCGCCACACGGAGCUGGAGAGCAUCCAGGAGGUGCUGAGCGAUUACCGGCAGUGCCACAGCGCCCUGAUCCAGUGGAUUGAGGAGAUCACAGCCCAGCAGGAGCUGAUGAAGCCCGGCCAGGCUGAGGACAGCCGGGUGCUGUCGGAGCAGCUCAGCCAGCAAACGGCUUUGGCUGCAGAAAUUGAGAAGAACCAAGCCAAGCUGGACCAGUGUCAGAAAUUCUCCCAGCAAUACUCGGCUGCUGUCAAGGACUAUGAGCUGCAGCUGAUGACCUACAGGGCCUUCGUGGAGUCGCAGCAGAAGUCGCCCAUGAAGCGCCGGCGGAUGCUCUCCUCCUCAGAUGCCAUCACCCAGGAGUUCAUGGAUUUGAGGACUCGUUACACAGCCCUGGUCACUCUGACCACCCAGCACGUGAAGUACAUCAGUGACGCUCUGCGGCGCCUGGAGGAGGAGGAGAAAGUGGUGGAGGAGGAGAAGCAGGAGCACGUGGACAAGGUGAAGGAGCUCCUGGGCUGGGCCCUGGGCUUGAAGCAGAGUGUGCAGGGCAGGGCAGCUGCUGCUGGCAGCAGAGAGCUGGGAGACAUUGAGAAAUCCAUCUCAGAGCAGCAGGCCCUGAAUGAGGAGCUGACUGCAAAGAAGGAGCAGGUCUCUGAGGCCAUCAAAACCUCCCAAAUCUUCCUGGCAAAACACAGCCACAAGCUCUCCCAACCAGAAAAGGACCAGAUUUCUGCUCAGAUUGGUGCUCUGAAGGAAACCUACCAGGCUCUCUGCAGCAACUCCACGGAGCAGCUCCAGCAGCUCCAGAGCCAGCUGGCUCAGGAGACAGAGCACAAGGGCAGCGAAGCCGUGGCAGGAGUGAUCGAUCUUGGCACGGUAGAAAUAUUCCCUGUGUUUGGUGCCAUGCAGAGAGGUCUGAUAGAUCAGGACACAGGCCUGGUCCUCCUGGAGGCCCAGGUGAUCUCCUCUGACUUAGUUGUCCCAGAGACCAGUGAGAAACUCUCCUUGGAGGAAGCCCUGGCAAGAAACAUCAUUGAUCCCAGGGCGUUCCAGGUGCUGCAGGAACUGAAGGAUGCCCUCCAGCAGGUGGAAGAGAUCAGAUGUGAAGGGAGGCAGCUCCUCCCCGUCGCUGCUGCCAUAGAAGAGGGCAGGAUCAGUGAGAGCGUUGGGCUGAAGAUUCUUGAGGCUGAGCUCCUCACCGGGGGCUUUAAAUUCCAGCAGGGCAGAAUCAGCAUGGAGGCAGCAGUGCAAGAAGGGCUCCUUCCCCCCCAGCUCCACUCCAGGCUCCUGUCUCACCUGGAAUGUGGCAAGGAUCUGAUUGACCCCAACACUGCUGAGAAGAUCAGCCUGCCUGAGCUCCUGGACAGGUGCAUCACCCACCACGAGACCGGGCUGAGGCUGCUCCCAGUCAGGCAGCUGGCGGGUGGCAUGGUGAGCCUGAGGUCAGGCAGGGAGGUCAGCAUCUUCCGUGCUCUCCAGGAGGGGCUCAUAGACAGGCAGGUGACCACCAGGCUGCUGGAAGCCCAGCUCUUUGCUGGUGGCAUUGUGGACCCCAGGACAGGGCACAGGCUGACCGUGGAUGAGGCUGUCAGGCACCAUUUGAUCGAGCAGGAUUUGGCCUGCACGCUCCUCAUCCGGCAGCUCCAGACCGGUGGGAUCGUGGACACCACCACGGGAGAGAGGCUGAGCAUGGAUGAAGCCCUGAGGAGGGGUUUGGUGGCUCCAAGGACGGCCCUGCUGGUGCUGGAAUCCCUGUGGUCCUUCAUGGGGCUGCUGUGGCCAGAGACAGGGGAGGUCAUCCCCGUUGCAGAUGCUUUGGAGCAGGGGAUGCUCUCCACGGAGUUGAUGGAGGAGGCUCUGAGCAAGAGGCAGCUCCUGCAGGCUGUUUUUAUCCCAGAAACCACAGAGGUGGUGUCCUGGCAGAGGGCAGUGGAGCAGGGCAUCCUGGACAGGGAGGUGGUGAAGGAGCUGAAAGCAACAGCCAUCCCUGAUGUCCUGGCCAGCGUGCAGCUCUCUGGAGCUCCAAGCAGGAGCCAGAGCUCCCCUGGAAGGAGCCCCACGGGUCAGGAGAAACCUCUGCAGCUCUCUGGAGCUCCAAGCAGGAGCCAGAGCUCCCCUGGAAGGAGCCCCACGGGUCAGGAGAAACCUCUGCAGCUCUCUGGAGCUCCAAGCAGGAGCCAGAGCUCCCCUGGAAGGAGCCCCACGGGUCAGCAGGAACCUCUGCUGAGGAGUGAUGGUGAAAGGCUGAUGUUCCACCUGAUGACCCACAGCUACAUCAACAUUCACGAUGGCCAGAAGGUGCUCCUGGUGGAUGCAGAGUUGAAGAAUCUCACUAAAGCUCUCAUCCAAAGCCAGGAAAAUGGAUCCUGUGCACAGGUGUUGGAAGGCUUUGAGGAGGCAGAGGCAUCUCUUGAAAGCAAACCUUGCAAUGGUUUGGCUUUGCAGCAGCUUGAGCUUCAAUUUGCUCCUUCAAAAGGUGAAAGUGAGAAGAUCCUACCACCCAAAACUGCUCUGGAGAAUGGGGAGGUGGUGGUGGGACCUGAAAGUCUCCUCUUGGAGGAUGCAGAGGAUUUCCUGCGUGUGGAAGAGCAGGAGCAGAUUUCCACUGAGCUGGAGAGCAUCAGGAGUGAAACUGAUGCUGAAUUUGGAAAAGAACAGGUGACUUUUAUAACCAGGGAUAAACAUCAGGUAAAAUUAUUGAUGCCAGAACCUCCCAGUGACCUUGGUAGUGGAUUAACCAGAGAAACAGAGGAAAUGAUGAUUGAGACAGAGGAGUCCAAGCCUCCUGCAGCAGAUGCCAUGGAAGGUCCCGAAUAUCAGAAGAGGGCAUUGGAAAGUGGGGCAGUGGUUGUGAAAAGUGAAAUCUGCAUAACAAUGGGCGUUCCAGAAAGCAGAGACGGGCUGAAAAUGGUGGCAGAGAGGUCUCAGGGUGUGAGGGAGCCUGAAGGAGGGGCAGAAGAUGUGAGAGAUGUGAGAGGGGUUUAUUUGCUGAAGGAGGGGACAGUUGAAAAUGGUGUGCUGGCAGGAGAGGAGGUUGUGCUGCUCCCUGCACGUGGGGAGGCAGCACCAGCAGAGAGGCAAAGCAAGGAGCUGGAAACUGUGCUGAAGGUGGAGGAAGGAGAGUGGGAAGAAGUUCUGGGUGAUGAGGGCGUUGAGGAACCAUCCCUGCCACCCCAUGAAGAGCGGGAAGCAGAGGACACAGGAGAGCAGGAAGAAGUUUUGGGUGAUGAGGGUGUUGAGGAACCAUCCCUGCCACCCCAUGAGGAGCAGGAAGCAGAGGACACUUUGGAAAAGCUCCUGAUGCAGCUCCAAAGUGGUGGCAUCACCCACGAGCAGACGGGCAGGACCCUGCUGCUGGAUGAGGCCGUGGCCUCUGGGGUGGUGUCCGGCCACACAGCUGUAAAACUCAUGGAGAAGAUGAAGAUGUUCAGUGGCUUCUUUGACCCUCAGGCCUGUGAAUCCCUGACCACUGAGGACGUGAUUGAAGAAGGUCUGAUGGAUGAGGAGCUGCUCCAGAAGGUCCUCACGUCUGACAAAGCCAUAAGUGGCGUCCUUGACCCGGGCAACAACUUUGUCUACUCCAUCAAGGACGCUGCUGCCGUUGGCCUUCUGGACAAGGAGACAGCCAUGAGGAUCCUGGAAGGGCAGGUGGUCACUGGGGGCAUUGUUGACUUGAAACGUGGCAAGAAAGUGUCAGUGACUUUGGCUUCAAAUCUGGGCCUCAUAGAGCCAACGAGCCAGGCAGAGCUGGUCAAGCUGGAGAAGGCUUCCAAGGGGAAAGGCACUGAUGAGGUGACCAGGCAGAAGCUCAUUGAUUUGCAGGCUGAGACCAGUGGGAUUGUGGAUCCUGCAAGCAAGCAGCCUUUGACUGUGGCAGAGGCUGUUGAAAAGGGGCUCCUGGAGAAGGAAAAAGCCUUUCAGCUCUUGACCAAGCAGGUUGGUGAUGGAGGGAUCAUCCACCACGUGUCUGGGAUGAGGCUGUCGGUGGACAAUGCCAUGAAGCACGGUUUGAUCAGUCCAGACCUGUGCAAGGAGCUCAGGAAAGCUGAAAGCGUGGUCCUGCAGGGCUUUGUGCACCCAGCUACAAAGGAGAAGCUGCCCUUGCCCCAGGCAGUGUCACUGGGGCUCCUCAGCCCAGAAUUCCAGAGGAAAGUGCAGGAAAUCCAGGCUGAGAGUGGGAGCAUCCUCCAUCCAGCUUCUGGCCAGCGGCUGGCGCUGAGUGAGGCGGUGCAGGAGGGCCUGGUGCCCCAGCAGGUGGUGGAGAAAGCCCUGUCAUCUUCAGCAAUGAGAGAAGGCAUUGUAGACCCCGAGAGCUGCCAGAUCACCCCCUACUCAGAGUUCCUGAAGAAAUGCAAAAUCGACAUCGAAUCCGGCCAGCGGUACCUGGAGGUGCAUCCCUUGCAGGCCAUCAGGGACGAGGCGACAGGGACCAAGCUGCCGUGUGCCCAGGCAGUGAGGCUGGGCAAGGUGGACCCCCUGCCCGCCCUGAGGCUGCUGCAGGCACAGGCAGACGCUGGAGGCGUGGUGGAAGGCUCUGUGAGCAAGAGGCUGUCCCUGAGGGCAGCUGUGGAGCAGGGCGUGCUGGAUGAGGCCAUGGCCAAAGUCAUCGCCAACAACCAGCUCAGGGCUGGGGGAAUCGUGGAUGCCCCCGGUGGGAAAAGGUUGACUGUGAAGGAAGCUGUUGGGAAAGGAUUGAUUAGCCAAAAAUUAGCUGCUGGUCUUCAAGACGUGCAAAUAUCCAAGGAGAAGGUUGGCUCUGAGGUGUUCAAAGUGGAAAAAAUAGAAAAAUUAUCUCCAAAAGAGGAAGGUGUCAUCCUCCCUGCCAGGUCUGAUGGUGCUGAGCCCAAAGCUCAUCCUGAAGCUGUGAGCUAUGACCCAGCUCAGGCUGUUGGGAAAGGGCUGAUUAGCCAAAAAUCAGCUGCUGGCCUUCGGGAUGUGCAAAUGUCCGAGGAGAAAGUUGGUUCUGAGGUGUUCAAAGUGGAAAAAAUGCAACUUUUGCAGGAAAAAAUAGAAAAAUUAUCUCCAAAAGAGGAAGGUGUCAUCCUCCCUGCCAGGUCUGAUGGUGCUGAGCCCAAAGCUCAUCCUGAAGCUCUGAGCUAUGACACAGCUCAGGCUGUUGGGAAAGGGCUGAUAAGCCAAAAAUCAGCUGCUGGUCUUCAAGACGUGCAAAUAUCCAAGGAGAAGGUUGGCUCUGAGGUGUUCAAAGUGGAAAAAAUGCAAGUUUUGCAGGAAGAAAUAGAAAAAUUAUCUCCAAAAGAGGAAGGUGUCAUCCUCCCUGCCAGGUCUGAUGGUGCUGAGCCCAAAGCUGUGAGCUAUGACACAGCUCAGGCUGUUGGGAAAGGGCUGAUUAGCCAAAAAUCAGCUGCUGGCCUUCGGGAUGUGCAAAUGUCCGAGGAGAAAGUUGGUUCUGAGGUGUUCAAAGCGGAAAAAAUGCAGGAAAAAAUAGAAAAACUGUCUCCAAAAGAGGAGGUUGUCAUCCUCCCUGCCAGGUCUGAUGGUGCUGAGCCCAAAGCUCACCCUGAAGCUGUGAGCUAUGACACAGCUCAGAGUGCAGCUGCAGCCACUGAGAAAUCCCCCAAAGCACGGACAGAAAGGGAAUUAAAACCCCAGGAAGCUUCAGAGGGUGCUGUCCAUCCCCAAGAUGAACAUCAUCAUCAUCACCUUCAUCACCCCCAGGCAAAGGCUGAGGUGACUCCAGAGCUCCCCUCAGUGUUGGGGACAGUGUCCCUACCUGGAGAGGCAGUGGUGACAGCAGCUGUGGAAAAAGGGAUCCCAAAAGGCACCUCCCAAGUGAGAGCAGCCCAGGGCAAGGAAUUGAGGGAAGAAAUGGAUGGAGGGACAGAGAAAGUUGAGAGACAGGGCUUGGAGAAGGGCACAGAGGUGCUUCACAAGGAGGAUGAUGAGGAGAGGAGGAAGAGGAGAGAGUUUGUAAGUGCAGAGGGAGUUGUGGCAGGUGGAGAAGGUGCAGUGGUGAUUUCUGGGCAAGGAGAGGGAGUGACCAGCGUGGUCCAGGAGACACCAGCAGCCCCGAGGGAAUCUGUCAGUGUGGGCACAGGGAAGGGAGGGAUGGGUCCUGCAGAACCCCCUGAGCUUGGUGUUCCUGUGGGAGAUGAGCUUGCAGGGAAAAAAGCUGCCAAACACACAGAAAGAGAAACCCCUCGCAUAGAAAGUGCCGUUGGUCAGGAAAAACCAAGCGAAACUGAGCUAAAACCUACCCAGAAAAAGAAAAGCAAGAAGAAGAAAGCGAAGCAGGGCAGCAUUCCAGGAGACGGCGCUCAGCCAGAGAAACCUGCAGAGAAGCAGCUCCUUCCUUCCCUGGCUUCCCAAGAAAUUCCAAGGAGAAAGGGCGAGGAGCAGCACUUUGUCUCCAGGGUGCCAGAGGCAGAACAUGAAUCCAGCACCGAGGCUGCUGCUGGGCUGGCACGAGGCACAGCCAAGCACAAGGGUGGAAAAGGGAAGGAAACAAUUCCUGGGAAAGACAAAGAAACCCCCAGAGAGGAUCAGGUGCUCCCUGAACAUGGGGGAGCUCGAGAGGUGGUGGAAGGUGACACCAAGGAUGGGCAGGAUUCCUUGGUGGCCCUGAAACGUGAGGAAAGGAGCCUGAGUCUGGAGGAAAGGAUGGCUCAGGAUGACGCCAGGAUGGAAUCCUUGGUGGUCCUGAAACGUGAGGAAAGGAUGGCACAGGAUGACACCAGGAUGGAAACCACCCAGGAUGUGCCCAGCACAGCCACCAUGGCACAGGAGCUGCCCCAGGACUUAAUUAUCACAGAGGAAUGCACAGAAAUUCAGGAAACCUCCGCAAUCCUGGAGCUUGGAGAGGAGGAACAGCACGAGCAAAGAGCUGAGCCCAGAGCAGACCAAGGAGGAGCCCCUGCUCCCCCAAAACCCCAAGAAGAGCCCCCACAGGAGAGGAGCAAGCAGCCAGGCCCAGGUUUGCUCUUACCUGUGAUCGUGGAGGGAGAGAUGCUGGAAACCUCGAGGGAAUCCACGAGGCCGGCCCAGAUCAAGUUCAGCAAGAAGAUGUGUCUGGAGCACGACCAGAGGCUGAUAUCUUAUCUCUCCAUGCUCCGAGACAUCGAGAUGAGAAUCAAACGUGUGCAGCCAGCAGAGCAGAAUUUGGCAGCCCUGCAGGACCUGAGGCAGCAAGCAGAGGCUCUGGGCUCCGAGCUGCAGGAGCUGAGCUUCCCAGUGAAUCAGGAGCUGGAUGCCGUGCAGAGGAUUGUGGCCAACCCCCCUGAAGAGGUCCCUGAGCAGUUACUGAAGGCUUUGGAGAAGGAUGCCAAGAACCUCCACAAAUCUCUGAGCUCUGCAAGUGAGGUCCUGCAGUCCCGGCUGCAAAACCUUCGUGGGGCAGCGGAAGCUGAAAAGGCUAAAAUCCUGGCCCAGCACGAGGCUCUGGAGGGCAGGCUGCAGGAGCUGCUGAGCUGGGUCUGUGGCACCACGGAGUCACUGGAUGACAGAGAUUUCCAGCAGGCCACCGAUGGCAGCAGCUUGAGUCAGUGCCUGCAGCACUACAAGGAGCUGAAGGAGCCCCUUGCUGACACCAAGGCUGAGCUGGACGCCGCUGCCUUUGACAUCCAGCUCCUCAUCUCGGAGCACGCGCAGGAUUUGACCCCGCAGCAGAGCAGGCAGCUGCUGAGGCUGCUCAAUGAGCUGCAGAAAGCCUUCAGGGAGCUGUCAGAGCGUGUGGCAGCACGGCUGGAGGUGCUGCAGCUCUGGCUCCAGCAAGCGGAGCAGAGGGAGCAGGUGAAGACGCUGCAGGAGCAGCAGGCAGCCCGGGCACGGAGCCUGGCCGAGCUGAGCCGCUGGCUGGGCCAGGCUGAGGACACCCUGGCAGAGCAGCAGAGAGCAGAGGGGGACCUGCCCGCCCUCCAGCAGAGGCAGAGCGAUGUUAAGGAGCUGCAGAGGAGCAUGCACAGCAGAGCCGCCUCCUUCGCCGGUGUCCUGAAGAGCACAGAGCAGUUCUUGGAGGAGAACAAGGCCAAGCUGGAGCCUGGGGAGCUGGCAGCGCUGCAGCAGGACCUGCAGCGUGCCAAGGAGCAGUACCAGUCCCUGCAGGAGAGGACAGAGGUGGCCCAGAAGGAGCUGGAGAGUGCUGUGAGUGCUGCAGUGCAGCAGGAGACUGAGAAGGUGAAAGCUGCCAAGGAGCUGGAGGAGAACAGCAAUAAGAUCGAUUCCCUCCUGAGCUGGGUGGCAUCGCUGGAGCAGAGGGCAGAGCUCCCAGAGUACAGACCACACCCUGCCAGCCCAGGCACAGCAAAAAGCACUGGGGAUGCCCCUGAUGGCCACACUGUGGGAGCAGGCAGUGCUGCUGAGAGCCUGGAUGAGCACUACGAGAGGCUGAAGGCUCAGCACCAGGAGCUGCUGUCCCAGCAGCAGGACAUCAUCCUGGCCACGCAGGCAGCACAGGCUUUCCUGGACAAGCAGGGGCCCAGCCUGGCUGGGCAGGAGCAGGAGAGGCUGCAGGCACAGCUGGCGCAGCUGCGGGAGCGGUACCCGGCGUCGCUGGCGCGCGCCGAGGCGCAGCUCAAACGGGUGCAGCUCCUCAGGGAGGAGCUCCACAAGUUCCUGCAGGACCACGGGGAGUUCCAGGCCUGGCUGGAGCAGGCAGAGCAGGAGCUGCAGGGCAUGUACAAGGGGGACAGCGACCCUGCCUCCCUGAGGCAGCUGCUGCGGCGCCAGGGCAGCUUCGCCGAGGAUGUGAUCUCCCACAAGGGGGACCUGCGCUUCGUCACCAUGUCGGGGGAGAAGUUUCUGGAUGGGGAUGCUGGGGGUGAUGAAUCCCAGCUGGUGAUGUCCAGGAGUGUGGUCAAGAGCAAGCUGGAGGACGCCACGCAGAGAUACACCACGCUGCACUCCAAGUGCUCCAAGCUGGGCUCCCACCUGAACACCUUGCUGGAUCACUACCAGCAGUUCCAGGAGGUGGCAGAGUCUCUGAGGACGUGGCUGCAGGAGAGUGAGGCUGCCCUGGGGAAGCUGCUCUCAGAAACGGUUUCCUCAGAUCUGGCCGUGCUGCAGAAGCAGCUUGCCAGCACCAAGCAGCUGCAGGGGGACCUGGCUGAGCACCAGGUGCCAGUGGAGAAGCUGCAGAAAGCAGCUCGGACCCUGCUGGACAUCCAAGGGGAGCCGGCCCCAGACCACGGCCACAUCCAGGAGACAACAGAUGCCAUCGUGAGCCGCUUCCAGAGCCUCUCCCAGCAGAUGUCCGAGCGCUCAGACCUGCUGCAGAAAUCCAUUGCCCAGUCCCAGAGCGUCCAGGAGAGCCUGGAGAGCCUCCUCCAGUCCGUGGCUGAGAUUGAGAAGAGCCUGGAGAAGGAUCAGCCAGCUGUGCUCACCUCUGCCUCCAUCCAGGACUCGCUUGCCACCAGUGUGAAGCUGAAGCAGGACAUUGCCAGGCAGAGGAGCAGCCUGGAGGCCACCAGGGAGAUGGUGACGCGCUUCACCGAGGCCGCCGACAGCCCCGCGGCCUCCACGCUGCAGGACAAGCUGGCCCGGGUGACAGAGCACUUUGGGAGGCUGUGCCAGCAGCAGCAGCAGCGGGAGGACACCCUCAAGGGCCUGCUGCCCAAGGUGGAGCAGUACGAGCAGCUGUGGGAGAAGCUGCAGCAGUUCACGGAGAGCAGGACGCGGCUGCUGGCGUCUGGGAAUCAACCAGACCACGACAUCGCUCACUUCUCCCAGCACAUCCAGGAGCUGAACUCGGAGAUGAGGCAGCACCAGGAGGACCUGGCCACCCUGGAGCACCUGGCCGAGGAGCUGAGCUCCUGUGGCUUCACCCCCAGCUCCUCCCAGCAGCAGGAGAAGCUGCAGAGCCUGAAGAAAGAUUUCCUGCAGCUCCAAAAGGUGGCAAAGGACAGAGAAAAGGAUGCCUCAUCCUGCCAGGAGCAACUGGAUGAGUUUCGGAACCUGGUCGGCGCCGUCAGGAAGUGGCUGAGGGAGACUGAAGGCAAAAUUCCACCUGCUGAGACCUCCCUGGGCACCCAGGAGCUGCAGCAGCGCAGGCAGCAGAUCCAGGAUCUCCUGGAGGAAUGGAAGGGGAAGGGCCCCCAGGUGGAGGAGAUUGGCCGCAGAGGGACCCUCCUGGAGAACCUGAUCGUGGAGAUCACGGCCCCCAACACCCCUCCCAAGGCAGGUGCCCCUCUGCCCACUGCAGGAGGCUCAGGAGGCAGCGUGAACGGAUACCACACCUGCAAAGACCUGACGGAGAUCCAGUGCGACGUGUCGGACGUGAGCCGGCGGUACCAGGCGCUGGGUGCAGCCCUGCAGGAGCGCCUGCAGCAGCUCUCAGCCAUGCUGGACAGCAUGCAGCAGGUGCAGGAGGAGGCCAGCUCCAUGCUCAAGUGGCUGGAGUCCAAGGAAAGGAUGCUGUCCGAGCUGGACGCCUCCUCCUCGCCCACCAAGACGGAGACGAUGAGAGCGCAGGCUGAGCACAACAAGGCAUUUCUGGCUGAGUUGGAACAGAAUUCUGGGAAGAUCCAGAAGGUGAAGGAAGCACUUUCUGGCUUGCUGGAGAAAUAUCCAGAUUCCCCAGAAGCAGCGAACUGGAAGAAGAUGCAGGAAGACCUGAAUUGCAGGUGGGAGAGGGCCAGCCAGGCCACGGCUGCACGGCAGCAGAAGCUGGAGGAGUCAGCGACCCAGCUGGCCACGUUCCAGGCCACUGAGGCCCAGCUGAGGCCCUGGCUGAUGGAGAAGGAGCUGAUGAUGAGCGUGCUGGGCCCCCUCUCCAUCGACCCCAACAUGCUGAACGCUCAGAAGCAGCAGGUGCAGUUUAUGCUGAAGGAAUUCGAAGCUCGCCGGCAGCAGCACGAGCAGCUCAACCAGGCAGCCCAGAGCAUCCUGACUGGGCCUGGGGAUGUCUCCCCAUCCACCAGCCAGGUGCAGGAGGAGCUCCAAGGGGUCAACCAGAAAUGGUCCGAGCUCACCGAGCGCCUCAACUCCCGCUCCAGCCAGAUUGACCAAGCCAUAGUGAAGAGCACCCAGUACCAGGAGCUUCUGCAGGGCCUCUCAGAGAAGGUGAAGGCUGUUGGGCAGCGCCUGAGCAGCCAGUCUGCCAUCAGCACCCAGCCUGAUGCUGUCAAACAGCAGCUGGAGGAGACCAGCGAGAUCCGCUCGGACCUGGAGCAGCUGGAGGAGGAGAUCUCAGAGGCUCAGACCCUCUGUGAUGACCUCUCCGUGCUGAUUGGGGAGCAGUACCUCAAGGAUGAGUUGAGGAAACGUCUGGAGACGGUGGCACUUCCCCUCAAAGGGCUGGAAGAUCUGGCAGCCGACCGGAUGAACCGGCUGCAGACAGCGCUCGCCAGCUCCCAGCAGUUCCAGCACAUGUUUGAUGAACUCAGGACCUGGCUGGAUGACAAAAGGUGCCAGCAAGCCCAGAGCCAGCCCAUCUCCGCUAAGCUGGAGAGGCUGCAGAGCCAAAUCCAGGAGCAAGAAGAGUUCCAGAAGAGCCUCAACCAACACAGCGGCUCCUACGAGAUGAUUGUGGCUGAGGGAGAGUCUUUGCUGCUGUCUGUCCAGCCUGGGGAGGAGAAGACCACUCUGCAGAACCAGCUGGUGAGCCUGAAAACACACUGGGAGGAGCUCAGCAAGCAGGCUGCUGACAGGCACUCCAAGCUCAAGGACUGCUUGCAGAAAGCUCACAAGUACCAGCGGCACGCCGACGACCUCCUGCCCUGGGUGGAGGACUGCAGGGCGAGGAUGGCAGAGCUGGAGGUAACCCUGGAUCCAGUGCAGCUGGAGGCCACUCUCCUGAGGUCCAAGGCCAUGCUGAGUGACGUGGAGAAGCGCAGGUCCCUGCUGGAGAUGCUCAACAGCGCUGCUGACAUCCUGACUGACGCCUCCCAGACGGACGAGGAUGACAUCCGCGAUGAGAAGGCCGCCAUCAACCACAAGAUGGAUGCCAUCACAGAAGAGCUGCAAACCAAGACUGGCUCCAUUGAAGAAAUGUCCCAGAGGCUCAAGGAGUUCCAGGAGAGCUUCAAGAACAUCGAGAAGAAGCUGGAAGGGGCGAAGCACCAGCUGGAGAUCUACGACGCCCUGGGGCCACAAGCCUGCAGCAACAAGAAUUUGGAGAAGCUCAGGGCACAGCAGGAGGUGCUGCAGGCCCUGGAGCCACAGGUGGAUUAUCUGAAAAACCUCACUCAGGGCCUGGUAGAAGAUGCUCCAGAUGGAUCUGACUGCUCCCAGCUCCUCAGCCAAGCUGAGCUGGCUCAGCAGGACUUCAAGGCCGUCAAGCAGAAAGUCAACGAUUGCUGCGCUCUGAUGGAGAACAAGCUGGAAGGGAUCGGCCAGUUCAACAGCAGGGUCAGGGAGAUGUUCUCACAGCUGGCGGACCUGGAUGAUGAGCUGGACAGCAUGGGCCCCAUCGGGAGAGACUCUGACAGCCUCCAGUCCCAGGCCGAGGACGUCCGCGCCUUCCUGGGCAAGCUGCACCGGCUGAAAGGCGACAUCGAAUCCUCCGAGAGCGAGUGCAAGAAAAUGCUGGAGGACGAGGGCAGCCCCGACCUGCUGGGGCUGAAGAGGGAGCUGGAGACGCUGAGCAAGCAGUGCAGCAAGCUGACGGAGAGGGGCAGGAACCGGCAGGAGCAGGUGGAGACCACGCUGUCGCGCGUGGAGGACUUCUACAGCCGCCUGAAGGAGCUGAGCCUCAUGACCACGGCGGCCGAGGAGAACGAGGCCCUGCAGUGGGUGGUGGGCACAGAGGUGGAGACCAUCAACCAGCAGCUGGCAGACUUCAAGCAAUUCCAGAAGGAGCAAGUGGAUCCCCUCCAGCUAAAGCUACAGCAAGUCAAUGGAGUUGGUCAGGGACUCAUCCAAAGCGCCGGGAAAAACUGUGAUGUCCAAGGGCUGGAGCACGACAUGGAAGAAAUCAACACCCGCUGGAACACCCUCAACAAGAAGGUGGCCCAGCGAGUGGCCCAGCUGCAGGAGGCCCUGUUGCACUGCGGGAAGUUCCAGGAUGCCCUGGAGCCACUGCUGAGCUGGCUGGCGGACACCGAGGAGCUCAUCUCCAACCAGAAACCUCCCUCUGCCGAGUACAAGGUGGUGAAAGCCCAGAUCCAAGAGCAGAAGCUGCUCCAGCGCCUCCUGGACGAUCGCAAGGCCACGGUGGAGAUGAUCCAGGCGGAGGGCGACCGCAUCGCGCAGUCGGCCGAGCCCGCGGACCGCGACAAGAUCGUGGGGCAGCUGGAGAGCCUGGCACGGCGCUGGGCAGGGCUGCUGGGCAGGGCAGCUGCCAGGCAGAAGCAGCUGGAGGAUAUCUUGGUGCUGGCAAAGCAGUUCCACGAAACCACAGAGCCCGUGUCCGACUGGCUGUCGGUGACAGAGAAGAAAUUGGCCAACUCUGAGCCCAUUGGCACCCAGACUGCCAAAAUCCAGCAGCAGAUCAGCCGCCACAAGGCUCUCGAGGAGGACAUAGAGAGCCACUCCAGCGACGUGUCGCGGGCGCUGGGGGUCGGGCAGUCGCUGUCCCGGCUGAGCUGUGCUGCUGAGCAGAGGCUGCUGGCAGAGAGAUUAGAGGCUCUGCAGAGCCGCUACGGCGAGGUCCGCGAGCGGUGCGGCCGCAAGGCAGCCCUGCUGGACCAGGCCCUGGCCAACGCCAGGAUUUUUGGGGAGGAGGAGGUGGAAGUGCUCAACUGGCUGGCUGAGGUGGAGGACAAGCUGGGCUCAGUGUCCGUAAAGGAUUUCAAACGGGACGUCCUGCAGAAGCAGCAUGCCGACCAGCUGGCUCUGAAUGAGGAAAUUGUGAACAGGAAGAAGAACGUGGACCAAGCCAUUAGAAAUGGGCAAGCUCUCCUGAAGCAAACCACAGGGGAGGAGGUGCUGCUGAUCCAGGAGAAGCUGGACGGAAUCAAGACGCGCUACUCCGACAUCACCGCCGCCAGCUCCAAGGCCCUGCGCACGCUGGAGCAGGCACGGCAGCUGGCCACCAAAUUCCAGUCCACCCACGAGGAGCUCACGGGGUGGAUGAGCAAGGUGGAGGAGGAGCUGGCCUCCAGCGGGGCGCAAUCCCCUGCUGGAGAGCAGAUCCCCCAGUUCCAGCAGCGGCAAAAGGAGCUGAAGAAGGAGGUGAUGGAGCACAGGCUGGUCCUGGACACGGUGAACGAGGUGAGCAGGGCUCUGCUGGAGCUGGUUCCCUGGAGAGCCCGGGAGGGGCUGGACAAGCUGGUGUCGGACACCAACGAGCGCUACAAGCUGGUCAGUGACACCAUCAGGCAGAGGGUGGAGGAGAUCGAUGCUGCUAUCCAGAGGUCUCAGCAGUACGAGCAGGCAGCUGAUGCAGAGCUGGCCUGGGUGGCUGAGACCAAGAGGAAGCUGAUGGCCCUGGGUCCCAUCCGCCUGGAGCAGGACCAGACAACGGCCCAGCUGCAGGUGCAGAAGGCGUUUUCCAUCGACAUCAUCCGGCACAAGGACUCCAUGGACGAGCUCUUCAGCCAGCGCCACGAGAUCUUUGGCACCUGUGGAGAGGAGCAAAAAGCUGUUCUCCAGGAGAAAACCGAGUCCCUGGUGCAGCAGUACGAGGCUGUGAGCCAGCUCAACUCGGAGCGUUACGCCCGCUUGGAGCGUGCCCAGGUGCUGGUGAACCAGUUCUGGGAGACCUACGAGGAGCUGAACCCAUGGAUUGAGGAGACCCAGGCCCUCAUCUCCCAGCUGCCACCCCCAGCCAUCGACCACGAGCAGCUCAAGCAGCAGCAGGAUGACAUGAGGCAACUGCGAGAGUCCAUCGCUGAACACAAACCUCACAUCGACAAGCUGCUGAAAAUCGGGCCCCAGCUCAAGGACCUCAACCCCGAGGAAGGGGAGAUGGUGCAGGAAAAAUACUCCAGGGCUGAAGCCUUGUAUGCCAAAAUCAAGGAGGAGGUUUGCCUGCGAGCCCUGGCGCUGGACGAGGCGUUCUCACAGUCCACCCAGUUCCACGACAAGAUCGAGCCCAUGCUGGAGAGCCUGGAGAGCCUCUCGUCCCGCCUGCGGCUGCCGCCCCUGAUCCCCGCCGAGGUCGACAAGAUCCGCGAGUGCAUCAGCGAGAACAAGAACUCCACCGUGGAGCUGGAGAAGCUGCAGCCCUCCUUUGAGGCCCUCAAACGCCGUGGGGAAGAGCUCAUCGCCCGCUCCCAGGGAGCAGACAAGGACCUGGCAGCCAAAGUCAUCCAGGACAAGCUGGAUCAGAUGGUUUUCUUCUGGGAAGACAUCAAAGCUCGGACCGAGGAGCGCGAGAUGAAGUUCCUCGAUGUCCUGGAGCUUGCAGAGAAGUUCUGGUACGACAUGGCAGCGCUCCUGACGACCAUCAAGGACACCCAGGACAUUGUCCACGACCUGGAGAGCCCAGGCAUUGACCCCUCCAUCAUCAAGCAGCAGGUGGAAGCAGCAGAGACCAUCAAGGAGGAGACAGACGGGUUGCACGAGGAGCUGGAGUUCAUCCGCCUCCUGGGGACUGAUCUCAUCUUUGCCUGCGGUGAGACUGAGAAGCCAGAAGUGAAGAAGAGCAUUGACGAGAUGAACAACGCGUGGGAAAACCUGAACAAGACGUGGAAGGAGAGGCUGGAGAAGCUGGAGGAAGCCAUGCAGUCAGCUGUGCAGUACCAGGACACACUCCAGGCCAUGUUUGACUGGCUGGACAACGCUGUGAUCAAACUGUGCAACAUGUCCCCCGUGGGCACCGACCUGAGCACGGUCAAGGAGCAGAUGAACGAGAUGAAGGAGUUUAAAAUGGAGGUUUACCAGCAGCAGAUUGAGAUGGAAAAGCUUAAUCACCAAGGUGAACUGAUGCUAAAAAAGGCUACGGAUGAGACAGACAGAGACAUCAUCAAGGAGCCACUGACAGAGCUCAAACACCUCUGGGAGAACUUGGGCGAGAAAAUUGCUCACAGACAGCACAAGCUGGAAGCCGCCCUGCUGGCCCUGGGCCAGUUCCAGCACGCCCUGGCAGAGCUGAUGGCCUGGCUCACCCACACCGAGGAGCUGCUGGAUGCCCAGAAACCCAUCAAUGGGGACCCUAAAGUCAUCGAGGUGGAACUUGCAAAGCACCACGUGCUGAAGAAUGAUGUGCUGGCCCACCAAGCAACCGUGGAGACAGUGAACAAAGCAGGGAAUGAGCUGCUGGAGUCGAGUGCAGGGGACGAUGCCAGCAGCCUGCGGAACCGCCUGGAGAAGCUGAAUUCCUGCUGGGAAUCUGUGCUGCAGAAAACAGAGGAGAGGGAGCAGCAGCUGCAGUCCACCCUCCAGCAGGCUCAGGGUUUCCAUGGUGAGAUUGAAGACUUCCUCCUGUGGCUAACGAGGAUGGAGAGCCAAUUGUCGGCCUCAAAACCCACGGGAGGUCUGCCAGAAACUGCCCGGGAACAGCUCAAUGCCCACAUGGAGCUCUACAGCCAGCUCAAAGCCAAGGAGGAUGUCUACAGCCAGCUGCUGGCCAAGGGGAGGCUGAUGCUGCUCAACCGUGAUGAUUCCGGCUCCAGCUCCAAGACAGAGCAGAGCGUGGCCCUGCUGGAGCAGAAAUGGACUCUGGUCAGCACCAAGAUGGAGGAGAGAAAGGCGAAGCUGGAGGAGGCAUUGGCCCUGGCCACGGACUUCCAGAACUCCCUGCAGGAUUUCAUCAACUGGCUGACGCUGGCUGAGCAGAGCCUGAACAUUGCACCACCGCCCAGCCUCAUCCUGGCCGCGGUGCUGGCCCAGAUCGACGAGCACAAGGUGUUCGCCAACGAGGUGAACGCGCACCGCGACCGCAUCAUCGAGCUGGACCAGACUGGCAACCAGCUGAAGUUCCUCAGCCAGAAGCAGGACGUGGUGCUGAUCAAGAACCUGCUGGUCAGCGUCCAGUCCCGCUGGGAGAAGGUGGUGCAGCGCUCGGUGGAGAGGGGACGGGCUCUUGAUGAUGCCAGGAAGAGAGCCAAGCAGUUCCACGAAGCCUGGAAGAAGCUGAUCGAUUGGCUGGAGGAUGCAGAGAAUCACCUGGACUCAGAGCUGGAGAUCUCCAAUGACCCUGACAAAAUCAAGCUGCAGCUCUCCAAACACAAGGAGUUCCAGAAGACCCUGGGUGGGAAGCAGCCUGUGUAUGACACCACCAUCAGGACAGGCAGAGCCCUCAAAGAAAAAGCCUUGCUUCCAGAUGACACUCAAAAACUGGACAAUUUGCUGGGAGAAGUCAGGGAUAAAUGGGACACAGUGUGUGGGAAAUCCGUGGAAAGGCAGCACAAGCUGGAGGAGGCCCUUCUGUUCUCUGGGCAGUUCAUGGAUGCUCUGCAGGCUCUGGUGGAUUGGCUCUACAAGGUGGAGCCCCAGUUAGCUGAGGACCAGCCUGUCCACGGGGACCUGGAUCUGGUCAUGAACCUGAUGGAUGCUCACAAGGUGUUCCAGAAGGAGCUGGGGAAGCGCACGGGGACGGUGCAGGUGCUGAAGCGCUCGGGCCGGGAGCUCAUCGACAACAGCCGCGACGACACCACCUGGGUGAAGGUGCAGCUGCAGGAGCUCAGCAACCGCUGGGACACGGUGUGCAAGCUGUCUGUGUCCAAACAGACCCGCCUGGAGCAGGCCCUCAAGCAGGCUGAGGAGUUCAGGACAGCCGUGCACAUGCUGCUGGAGUGGCUCUCGGAGGCAGAGCAGUCCCUGCGCUUUCGGGGAGCGCUGCCCGACGACGCCGAGGCCCUGCAAGCCCUCAUUGAUGCCCACAAGGAGUUCAUGAAGAAAGUGGAGGAGAAGAGGGUGGACGUGAACGCGGCGGUGGGGAUGGGCGAGGUCAUCCUGGGCGCCUGCCACCCCGACUGCAUCACCACCAUCAAGCACUGGAUCACCAUCAUCCGGGCCAGGUUUGAGGAGGUUCUCACAUGGGCCAAGCAGCACCAGCAGAGGCUGGAGUCAGCACUUUCCGAGCUGGUGGCCAAUGCAGAGCUUCUGGAGGAGCUCCUGGCUUGGAUCCAGUGGGCUGAGACCACCCUGAUCCAGCGGGACCAGGACCCCAUCCCCCAGAAUAUUGAUCAGGUCAAGGCGCUCAUCUCCGAGCACCAGUCCUUUAUGGAGGAGAUGACACGGAAGCAGCCAGACGUGGACCGGGUGACAAAAACCUACAAAAGAAAAGCGACUGAGCCUCCCCACGGGCCCUUCAUCGACAAAUCCCGCGGCAACAGGAAAUGCUUGGGGCAGGCUGCUCCCCCCAGCAUGCCCAUCAUCUCCCAGUCAGAAACGAAGAAUCCCAGGAUAAACCAGCUCUCAGCACGCUGGCAGCAGGUCUGGCUGCUGGCCCUGGAGAGGCAGAGGAAGCUCAACGAUGCCCUGGACAGGCUGGAGGAGUUGAAGGAGUUUGCAAACUUCGAUUUUGACGUGUGGAGGAAGAAGUACAUGCGCUGGAUGAACCACAAGAAGUCGCGGGUGAUGGAUUUCUUCCGGCGCAUCGACAAGGACCAGGACGGGAAAAUCACGCGGCAGGAAUUCAUCGACGGCAUCCUGGCUUCCAAAUUCCCCACCACCAAGCUGGAGAUGACGGCGGUGGCCGAUAUCUUUGACCGCGACGGUGACGGCUACAUCGACUACUACGAGUUUGUGGCUGCCCUCCAUCCCAACAAGGACGCCUACAGACCCACCACUGACGCUGACAAGAUCGAGGAUGAGGUCACCAGGCAAGUGGCCCAGUGCAAGUGUGCCAAGAGAUUCCAAGUGGAGCAGAUCGGCGAGAACAAAUACCGGUUCUUCCUCGGCAAUCAGUUCGGAGACUCCCAGCAGCUGCGGCUGGUCCGGAUCCUGAGGAGCACGGUCAUGGUCCGUGUGGGAGGAGGAUGGAUGGCCCUGGAUGAGUUUCUAGUGAAGAAUGACCCGUGCAGAGCACGAGGCAGGACCAACCUGGAGCUGCGGGAGAAGUUCAUCCUGCCCGAGGGAGCCUCGCAGGGGAUGACCCCGUUCCGCUCGCGGGGCCGCCGCUCCAAACCCUCGUCCAGAGCAGCCUCCCCGACCAGGUCCAGCUCCAGUGCCAGCCAGAGCAACCACAGCUGCGCCUCCAUGCCCUCCUCUCCUGCCACCCCAGCCAGCGGAGCCAAGACUCCACACCACUUCUCCCGAUGUUAUGACAAACCCUGGUUGAUAAACAGUAAAGCGAGCACCCCCCUGAGGGGAAUCGAUUAUUCCGACUUCCAGCUCCCCAGCACUGAGGUGACCCCCUCGGCGGGCAGCAAGCUGAAGCGCCCCACGUUCCACUCCAGCAGGACCUCCCUGGCUGGGGACACCAGUAACAGCUCCUCCCCAGCCUCCACAGGUGCCAAAACCACCCGGGCAGACCCCAAGAAGGCCGCCAGCCGCCCCACGAGCCGCGCCGGGAGCCGCACGGGCAGCAGGGCCAGCAGCCGGCGGGGCAGCGACGCCUCCGACUUCGACCUGCUGGAGACGCAGUCGGCGUGCUCGGACACCUCGGAGAGCAGCGCGGCCGGCGGGCAGGGCUCCCGCCGCGGCGCCGCCAAGCCCUCCAAAAUCCCCACCAUGUCCAAGAAAACCACCCCGAAAACGCCCGGCCCCAAGAGAUAAUACUGUACCCGCCGCCCUCCCUGGGGAGAGGAAGGAAAAGCAGACAUACAAACAGAAAAAACAAAAAAAAGCACCCAACCUGUGUCCACUUUUUAACCCUACAUUGGAUGUAUAUUUAUUCUAAAUGGGAGAAACUAUAUUGUUAAAAGUGUAAAAGAAAAGUUGUGUUAUGAAGCUGCCUUAUUUGGAUUAUUUCUUCUUGGGUUUUUUUUUUGGUUUAUGGUUUUGUUUUGUUUUUUUUUUCUUUUUUGUAAGUUACUAUUUUCAUGUGAAUAUUUAUGUAGAUAAAAAAAAAAAAAAUUUGCCUCUCGGUGACCCCCCUGUUUAGAGAGGGGCCUGGAAAACUGAAAUGUGGGAGAGAAAGAAAAAAAAAAUCAAGAAAAAGAUUAAAAAAAAAAAGGAAGCAAAAAAAAAAAAAGGUCAAGAUGUGAAAGUGUAAAGAAAAACUAAAAUAUAAAUAGGAUUUCUGCGCGGUGCAGGGUGUGAACCUGCUUUAUCUUUUAGGAUUGUUUCCUAAAUGCAUCUUUAUAAACUUAACUUGCUGUCUCAGCAAGGUAAAUUAUAUUUAAAAGCAAAGACCUGAAUCCUGCAGUGUUCAAGGAACUCUCUUUUUGUAAAUCACAGAUACCUCAACCAGAGAAACAUGAGGUGAGGGGACUUGGGGCUUAUGUUUCCAUUUUUUUUAAAGCUAUGUGGUUUUAUCUGAAGAAAGCGGAGUUUGACUUUAAUAAAAUUUGCACACACUACAGCAAAGGCCGUGACAAUUUUGCUGUCUUGAAAAUACUGUCCUGACAACUUUGUUUUUAAAGAACAAACCGAGGGUGAAGGGUUUGGGGAGGGGUUUCAGGAGGGGCUUCACCCAUGCAGGGUAGGAUUGCAGGUCUGGAUCACUGGGAUGCAUCCCUUAGAGGUGGUGGGCCCUCCAAAAUCAAGGAAUCUUCUGGAUUGAUGGCUUAACCAGCCCUUACACAAUCACUGUUUUAUCUGCAUCUCUCUUUUGUUUUCCUAUUUAUUAUUUAACUGGUCAUUCCACUUCCAGCCAGGCUGAGAUUGAUGUGAACUCUGCUCCUAGGAGAAAUCUGGACUUACACGCACAGUUGCUUGUCCUUGAAAUGAGUCUCACCAGCACACUCGCUGCAAGUCCUGUCUCGCUUUUGUACGCUCCUUUUUCUUUGUAAUAAAAUCCAACUUGACCAAGUGACCAGGAGACGAGGGCUCUGCACAGCUCCUGUAUUUAUUAAAUAUUGUUCCUCUCCGGCUCUGACCGUGUUGCUGUGUGAUUCUCUCAAUUGGUUUCAAAUUGAGGCAAAACCGAAGCUCUACCAAUGAAUUGUUUAAAAGAACCAGACACAUUUUUGUAUUAAAAUUGCUUGCGGUAAUAAACAAUCUUGCCUCCUGCUUUA